AUGUCCAUCACCCAGCUGGCCACGCCCCUGCCGGACAACGCCGUGCCCCUGGAGCCCGGCCCCUCACCCCUGCCUCCCUGCAGACGGUCUCUGCCCCCCCUCACCCCUGCCGUGGGGAACGUGGCCCCCGCGGCAGGCCGGGCACCAGCAGCUGCAGCGAGGGGGCAGGGCCGCAGGGACGCCCCGGCCCUCGCCCCCUGCCCCCCGCCCAGACCGGGGGGCUGCGAGGGUCCUGCCGGGGGUCGGCGGGAGCGGCCCAAGUUCCUGCCCUUGGUGUCCCCGCACCGGCCGGCACAGCCUGGCCCCCCGGCCCCGCCCCAGCCCGCCCUGCGCCCCGUCCCCCAGGUCGCUCCCCGCCCAGCCCACCCACCGCCCCCGCGCCCCCUGCUCCGCGCCCACAGCUUCUCGCAGCCUGAUUACAGCCACGUGCGGCCCCUGGGUGGACAGUCGUCCUCUGCCCUCACCAGCCCUGGCACUGGGGCGCGUGCCCAGGCGAGGCGGUGCCGUCCGGGGCACCAAGAUGGGUAG